CAUUUACCUAAAAACAGAAAACACUGCUGGUAAGAAGAUAUCAUGUUAUCUUGUUUGAUCAUUGGAUAAGACAGUAGAACCAAGUAAAUGAGAACCACCUCUUCAAGACCUUCUGGGUUCCAGUGUACAGAUUCUGAUGAUAUCAAACGUCUCAAGCAGACCGAUGUUCAGUUACAUCCUAUUACAUUACCUAUAACCCACAGAACAACCAGGUCACCAUCAGGUGCCAAGACUUGUGCAUGGUCACCAGAUAAUUCUUAUUUUGCUUGGCCAUGUGGAGGAAAGGUUGAACUGGUACCCUGGGAUAACAGAGAAAAUAAGAUAGUGUUAAAUGAGGACAUAUUAUUAUAUGAAGAAGCAGAAAAUGUAACGUUACAUUCAGAUGGAAAUUUACAGCACCAGUAUGAACAGAGACCAACCAGAAUUUUAGAUGGCGUUGAAGUUGUUUGGUCCGUUGCCUUUGGUUCUGGUUCUACAAAGGAAGAUAAUGCUUUGACAUGGAGACAUUUGAAAGUGGACAAGGGUCUGCUACUAGCUACUGGUCAUCAGAAUGGUAACAUAAAAGUUUGGGACUGUAAUACAGGGAAACUACUUCUCAUGCUAAAAGACCAUAAAGAUAUUGUUAAAAGUUUAAACUUUGCUCCAGAUGGAAGUCUUAUCCUCUUGUCAGGGUCCAGAGAUGGAACUAUUAAAUUUUGGGACCUUAAUGAUGACGGAAAUAUGUAUAAAUCACUCAGAGGCAAUACUAAAUGGGUGUAUGAUACUAAAUGGUCACCCAAAUGUGAUAUGAUUGCUAGUGUUGGCAGCGGAAAAACUGUGAUACUAUGGGAUUUGUUGAAUAAUUAUACUCCAUCUCAUCUACAUGGACAUUACCAUGAUGUUAUUGGAUGUUGUUUCUCACCAGAUGGCGCCUUAUUAGCUACUGCAUCUUUUGAUACCAGGGUUAUAUUAUGGGAUGUAUAUACUGGACAGUCACUUCAAGAACUUUGCCACAUGUAUCCUCCUCCACGACCAAUAUUUGCAGCUGGAGCGAAUGAAUUUUACAUUCGAGGAAUCUCAUUUCAUCCACAUGGCCAGAUGGUUCUUACCAUUAACGAUGAUGGGUACGUGCGAUGUUGGGACUUAGAAGAAGAUGACAACGACCCAUCAUACGUUGUUGAGCAAGCGAAUGCUCUGUACUGUACGUUCUCACCAAAAGGUCAAAGAAUCUCAGUCGGGGAUAAAGAUGGAACGAUCAGAUUUUAUCAGACUCCACCAAAAGUAUCUCGUCUUCAACAUCUCUGUCGAAUGGUCGUAAGGAAUCAUGUCAAAUCAACAAAAAUUGACUUCCUACGCCUACCAUGUAGAAUAAAAGAAUAUUUGAAGUAUCACAAUUUCACGAAGACUGGAUAAUGCAGUAGUUGAAAGUGAAAUGGACUAUUUAUAGUGUUAGUUUUCCACUUCCUAUUCAGAAAAAAAGAAUCUCUGAUUUACUCUGGAGGGCAGCUAGAUGAUUGGGAAACUAUUAUGAUACAGACUUAAAACAGAACAGACCAACUUAAUGUUUUUCUUGGAACAUGAAAAACUUAUAAAUUUGGUGCAUUGAAACUGAUAUAUGGCUAUGUCUGGUUCAUCAAAGUUAUAAUUAAGUGACUUUCUUUUUAUGGUGUGUAGAUUUAUUAUACUUCAAUCAGUCUUAUCAUAGAAUGAUAUGUUUAAAUACCUGUCAGUUGUGAAGUUUAAUGGUUGAUGAAGAAUUCUAUGUAUUGGAAUGAGAUUAUUUUAUCAUAUUUCUUUAUUUGAAAUAUUGAUAAAGGUCGGGUAUCUUAUAACUAAAAUUUUACUUACCUAUCAAGUUUUGCUUUGGGAAAUGGAUGCAAAUUAUUAUUGCAUAAUUAGCUAAAAACCUGUAUCAGUAUAUUUAUGAUGACCUUAUGUUUGCCAAAACGUUUAUAUAUAUAUACGCAAAGUGCCUUUCUUUAAUUUCCCAUUAGUUUUUCUUCAAAAUCUUUUUAAAAAAUCCUUUUUAAAGGUGCCUGCUACAUACCUGCCUUAAUCUGCACCUGGUAACUGGUACUAUAUAAUAGGUAAACAAAACCAUGAAUACAGUGUAACCAGUUUUAAUCAAACCUCUUUGAGACUUAUGAUUUUGUGUGGAUUAAAUAGAAAUUUGGUUUACAUAAGUCACUAAACAAUAUGGACAAUGAUCUGAUACAGGAAUUUAGUCUUAAAAGGCUACCAGUUUAAAAGACUAUUUUGGCAACUUUUGCAAUACAACAUCAAUUCAAAAAGUUUAUGCUGUUUAAACUUCAUAUUAUAAUGUUUUGAUGGUUUUUUUUGGUAAGUUUAAAAUAUUUUUUGAUAAUUUGGAAAUCAAGGGACCAAAAAAUAGGCUUCAUCAUACCUUUUCCUUUGAACAGGGAUUUCUCUCUUUUUUUUUAAUUAUCAUUAUCAUAGUUAAGAAAACAAAUCAUAAAUGCCCUCUUCUACAUAUUAUCCCCAAUAAACAUAAUACAAUCCACAAUAUUACACAAAUAUAUUUAAUGAAGGAUUUUUUUUUAAUUUUAAAUGUAACAAACAGGUCUACACAUACAGUGUCCAGAGUUUAUUUCCAAUUUUAUCAUGUGAUUCUUCUAAUCAUUAAAACUGUAAAGUCGAAAAGUAAUAAAUGUAAGAUAGUUAUAUAUAUAUAUUGCUUUCUAAUACAAACAUUUUUAUGCCCCCGCCGUAGCGGAGGGGGCAUUAAGUUUUACCCUUGUCCGUCUGUACGUACGUCCCGAAAUUGGUUUCCGUUCUCUAACUUGCGUUUGCCUCAACCAAAUGUUAUGAAACUUAUACACAAUGCUUAUUACCACAAAACACAGAUCAAGUUUGAAUUUUGGUGGCGUCACUUUAACGGAUCUAGAGUUAUGCCCCUUUAUAAAAGGAAAUAUUGCAAAAUUUUUAGUUUCCGUUCUCUAACUUAAGUUUGCCUCAACCAAAUGUUAUGAAACUUAUACACAAUGCUUAUUACCACAAAACACAGAUCAAGUUUGAAUUUUGGUGGCGUCACUUUAACCGAUCUAGAGUUAUGCCCCUUUAUAAAAGGAAAUAUUGCAAAAUGUUUAGUUUCCGUUCUCUAACUUAAGUUUGCCUCAACCAAAUGUUAUGAAACUUAUACACAAUGCUUAUUACCACAAAACACAGAUCAAGUUUGAAUUUUGGUGGCAUCACUUUAACCGAUCUAGAGUUAUGCCUCUUUAUAAAUAGAAAAAUUGCAAAAUUUUUAUUUUCUUCUAAAUAUCAAGUUUAUAAUAUAUUUUUAAAAUUGGAGUUAUCUUCCUUUGACCAUGAUUAUAGUUGAAUCAACUACAAUCAAUGCUUUAUACAAUGCAAUGUUUAAUUUUGACUUCCACUGAUAAAACACAGAUCAAGUUGAAUUUGGGUAGUGUCACUUUAACCAUUAUUGAGUUAUGCCCCUUUAUAAAUCGAAAGAUUGCAAAAUUUUAAUUUCCAUUCUGUAACUGAAGUUUUCCCCAGCCAAACAUUAUGAAACCUAUUCACAAUAUUCAUUACCACAAAACUCAGUAAAGAUCAAGUACAAUUUUUUUGUUUCCGUUCUCUAACUUGAGUUUGCCUCAACCAAAUGUUAUGAAACUUAUACACAAUGCUUAUUACUACAUAAUACAGAUUAAGUACGAAAUUAGGUGGCAACACUUUUAUCAUUCUAGAGUUAUGUCCUUUUAUAAACAUAAAAAUUGCUGAAUUUUUUAGUUUGUCUCAAACAAAUGUUGUAAAACUUAUACACACUCACGUUAGAGUUAUGCGUGUUUACAAAUAGAAAAAUUGCUGAAUUUUUAGUUUCUGUUCUCUACUUAAGUUAGCCUCAACCAAAUGUUAUGAGACUUACACACAAUGCUUAUUACCACAAAACUCAGAUCAAGUUCAAAUUUGGGUAGCGUCACUUUUUCCGUUCUUCAGUUAUGUCCCUUUAUAACUAUAUGAUAUGCAAGCGGGGGCAUCAUCUGUGUCCACAUGUGGACACUAUCCACAUUUAUUUAAAAUACAGUACUAGUGUAUCAUAUAGCACAAUCAUUAAAAAUAUUCAAAUGCCAAAGGUUACAUGUAUGAAGGGAAAUGUAGGGUUUUAAAAGUCUUGAUUUGAAAGUAUAAAGUCAUUAAGAACGGAAUGAUUUUUAUGGCAGCUCACAGCUCAUGAGAAAGGCAUAUCAGUAAGAAAUAGAAUAUUCUCUUAACCACAUAUAUUGAAGUAUAGAGUUGUUUCCCCUGAGAAUGAAGUUUCCCCCAUCUCCGUAUUCAGAUAUUUGGAGGUAUUGUUAAUUAACAGAGGCACAUUAGCAGCUCUAAAACUUCCUCAAUCCUUUAUUUUAUAAGUUAUUUGUUCUGUUUAUUUUUUUAUAUAUGAUUGUUUUUUUUAAUUAUGUCAUUUCGUUUACUAAGUUUUUUUGCCUGUGUACAUUUUUUUUUAUACAUAUGUAUAAAUGUAAAUAACGGUACUUGUACAGCUAUGUGAUUAAAGAACUUAAUACUCUACAA